AUGGCAGCCCCGCGCCCCUCGCUGCUCCGCCACCGCCGCCGCCUCUUGCUCUUCCUGCCCGCCGCCUGCCCGUCCCCGUCGGCGGCGGCGUCCUCCUCGCCGCCGCCGCUGCUGCCGCUGCUGCUCUUGCUGGCCAGCGGGCCGGGGCCCUCGGCGGCGGCGGCGGCGGCGGCGGCGGGCCCGUGCCGGGAGAAGACGGUGACGGUGUCGACGCUGCCGGUGCUGCGGGAGAGCGACAUCGCUUGGAGCGGCGGCGGCGGCGGCGGAGGCUCCCCGGGCGGCGCGGGCGCCUCCUCGGCCACUUCGGCGGCUUCGGCGUCCGCUGCUGCCGCCCCGGGCUCGGUGCCUCCCGGCGGCGGCGGCGACUCGCGCUUGCUGCUCUUCGUGCGGAGCGAAGUGCCCGGCCGCGUCGCUGUGCAGGACGACCUGGACAACACGGAGCUGCCCUUCUUCACGCUCGAGAUGUCAGGAACUGUGUCUGACAUUUCCUUGGUGCACUGGAAGCAGCAGUGGCUGGAGAACGGCACCCUCUACUUCCACGUUUCCAUGAGCAGCGCCGAGCAGCUCUCUCGGGCCACGCCGCCGACCCUGCAGGAGCCUUCCGAAUUCGUGGAGGAGCAGAUGCACAUCCUUCACAUCUCCGUCAUGGGUGGCCUGAUUGCUCUCCUCUUGCUGCUGCUGGUGUUCACCGUGGCCUUGUACGCCCAGCGCCGUUGGUACAAGCAACGCAGGAUCCCGCAGAAGAGCGCCAGCACAGAAGCCACCCACGAGAUCCAUUACAUCCCGUCAGUGCUGCUGGGACCGCAGGGGAGGGACAGCUUCCGUAACUCACGCUUACAGGCCCACACCUCGGUCAUCGGCAUGCCCAUCCGUGAGACCCCGAUCCUGGACGACUACGACUACGAGGAGGAGGAGAACCCCUUGCGGCCCGAGCACAGCUGCAGGGACGACGAGUUCGGGGGCGAAAUGAUGCGGCCGUUGGACAGCCUGGGUCGGAGUGGGGAGAAACCCGACUAUGAAAAGAAAGCUGCAGAGGUGACACAAGAAACGGUGGAGUCCCUGAUGCAGAAGUUCAAGGAGAGUUUCCGGACCAAUACACCCAUCGAAAUCGGGCAGUUGCAGCCGGCAUUACGCAGCUCCUCGGUUGGGAGGCGAAAACGCAGGAACCGACCCCGAGGUGGGAUCGGCUUCGGCCGUGCAAAAGGCAACUCUGGCUCUGAAGCAGAUGAUGAAACUCAGUUGACCUUCUACACCGAGCAGUACAGGAGCCGGCGACGUAGCAAAGGUUCCCUGAAGAGUCCUGUGAACAAGACGGCACUGACGUUAAUUGCCGUGAGUUCCUGCAUCCUGGCUAUGGUGUGUGGCACUCAGCUGUCCUGCCCGCUAACCGUUAAGGUGACACUUCACGUUCCAGAGCACUUCAUUGCAGACGGGAGCAGUUUCGUCGUGAGCGAGGGAAGCUAUUUGGACAUCUCCGACUGGCUGAACCCAGCAAAACUCUCCCUCUAUUACCAAAUCAAUGCCACCUCUCCCUGGGUGAGAGAUCUCUGUGGACAGAGGACUACAGAUGCCUGCGAACAGCUCUGUGACCAGGACACUGGAGAGUGCAGCUGUCAUGAGGGCUACGCCCCUGACCCCGUGCAUCGGCACCUGUGUGUGCGUAACGAUUGGGGCCACAGCGAAGGGCCUUGGCCGUACACAACGCUUGAAAGAGGCUACGACUUGGUUACCGGAGAGCAAGCCCCUGAGAAAAUACUUAGGUCCACCUACAGCUUGGGCCAAGGCCUUUGGCUUCCCGUCAGCAAGAGCUUUGUGGUUCCCCCGGUGCAGCUUUCCAUAAACCCACUGGCCAGCUGCAAGACGGAUGUCCUCGUGACCGAAGAUCCAGCAGAUGUCAGGGAAGAAGCCAUGCUGUCCACCUAUUUCGAAACCAUCAAUGACCUGCUCUCCUCCUUCGGGCCCGUCCGAGACUGCUCCCGCAACAAUGGCGGCUGCACCCGCAACUUCAAGUGUGUAUCGGACCGCAAGGUGGAUUCGACAGGCUGUGUGUGUCCAGAGGCCCUGAGGCCCAUGAAGGAUGGCACAGGCUGCUACGACUACUCCAAAGGGAUCGACUGUUCGGAUGGCUUCAACGGCGGAUGUGAGCAGCUGUGUCUCCAGCAGACGCUGCCUCUCCCCUCGGAACCAACGUCCAGCACCAUCCACAUGUUCUGCGGCUGUGUUGAGGAAUACAAACUGGCACCAGACAGCAAAUCCUGCCUCAUGUUGUCAGACAUCUGCGAGGGCCCCAAGUGCCUCAAGGCGGAUGGGAAAUUCAAUGACACCCUCUUCGGAGAGAUGUUGCAUGGCUACAACAACAGGACCCAGCAUGUCAACCAAGGGCAGGUCUUCCAGAUGACCUUCAGGGAGAAUAACUUCAUCAAGGACUUUCCCCAGUUGGCCGACGCGUUGAUGGUGAUCCCUUUGCCAGUUGAGGAGCAGUGUCGUGGCGUGCUCUCGGAGCCUCUGCCAAAUCUCCAGCUGCUCACCGGCGAUAUCCGGUACGAUGAAGCCAUGGGCUACCCUAUGGUGCAGCACUGGAGGGUCCGAAGUAACCUGUACAGGGUCAAGCUGAGCACGAUCGCCCUCUCGGCAGGCUUUUCAAACGUCCUGAAAAUCCUGAACAAAGGCAGCAGCCGCGAAGAGCUGCUCUACUUCAUUCAGCAGUACGGCUCGCACUACAUCGCGGAAGCCCUCUACGGAUCCGAGUUCAGCUGCACCAUCCAUUUCCCCAGCAAGAAGGUCCAGCAGCAACUCUGGUUCCAGUAUCAGAAAGAAACGACUGAACUUGGCAACAAGAAGGAGCUGAAGUCCAUGCCGUUCAUCACCUACCUCUCGGGCCUGCUGACCGCCCAGAUGCUGUCGGACGAUCAGCUGAUCUCAGGCGUGGAGAUCCGCUGUGAGGAGAAGGGACGUUGCCCCUCCACUUGCCACCUGUGCCGGCGCCCGGGCAAGGAGCAGCUCAGCCCUACCCCGGUGCUGCUAGAAAUCAACCGUGUGGUCCCCCUGUACACAUUGAUCCAGGACAACGAGACGCGGGAGGCUUUCAGGGGGGCCCUCAUGAGCUCGUACUGGUGCUCGGGAAAAGGGGAUGUGAUUGAGGACUGGUGCCGAUGUGACCUCAAUGCCUUCGACGAGAACGGGCUCCCCAGCUGCAGCCCCCUCCUCCAGCCUGUGUUGAGACUUUCCCCCAAUGUGGAACCUUCUAGUAUGGUCGUCUCUUUGGAGUGGCUGGACGUCCAACCAGCCAUUGGAACAAAAGUCUCGGACUACAUCCUCCAUCACAAGAAAGUUGAUGAGUACACAGACACGGAUCUCUACACAGGAGAAUCUUUGAGCUUUGCUGACGACUUACUCUCUGGCCUUGGAACCGCCUGUGUGGCCGCCGGUAGGAGCCACGGAGAUGCUCCGGACACCAGCCUCUACUCUGUCAUUUUCAAGUGUCUGGAGCCUGACGGAUUAUACAAGUUCACCCUCUAUGCUGUGGACACACGAGGAAGGCACUCUGAGAUUAGCACGGUGACGCUGAGGACAGCCUGUCCAUUGGUGGAUGACAGCAAGGCAGAGGAGAUAGCAGAUAAGAUCUACAACCUGUACAACGGCUACACCAGUGGCAAGGAGCAGCAGACGGCCUACAACACUCUGAUGGAGGUCUCCACUUCCAUGCUCUUCCGCAUCCAGCAUCACUACAACUCCCACUACGAGAAGUUUGGGGACUUCGUCUGGCGCAGCGAGGAUGAGCUUGGCCCCAGAAAGGCCCACCUCAUCCUGAGAAGGCUGGAGAAGGUCAGCGGCCAUUGCUCCACCUUGCUGCGGAGCGCCUACAUCCAGAGCCGCACCGACACCAUGCCGUACCUGUUCUGUCGCAGUGAAGAGGUCAGGCCGCCCGGCAUGGUCUGGUACAGCAUCCUAAAAGACACGAAAAUCACAUGCGAGGAGAAAAUGGUCUCUAUGCUGCGCAACAUGUACGGCGAGUCAAAGGGCCGAUGAAAGGGAAGGGUGGCAAGGCCAGACGUUCGCACGCGGGACUCUGAAGUGUCCAGGACUUCUGGCACCCUGCAAUUUGAAGGGAAGGAGAGCCACGGGACCACGCAGGACUUGGAAACGAACAUGGACAGCAGCAAAUCGAGAAAUCCGCAAGAUUACUCUUUUUUCGGGGGGCCGAUUUCUCCUUCUUUUUAAUAAUCUUAUUAUUUAAAAAGGAAGUACAUAAUUUUGCUCAUUUUUUUUAAAAAAAAGGCUCUCCUCUUCAACCUUUUUUCUUACUAAACCCCUAGACUGCGCGCUCGAAAGUCGGGAGGAAGAGGCGGAGAGAAAGAUCAGACCCUGGGGGAGGGGACGCCGUAGUGGUGGGGAAUUCAUAGUUCCAGCUGUAUUCGGAGGUAAAGCUAGUGACUCAGACGGAGCCCUUGCCUGGGUGGGCAGGUACUAUGAGCUUAAGUAAGCCCGGAGCCAGAAGGACCUGCAACUCAAAAGAGGCCACGAUCCUGGAAGUAGAGACCAAGCAAUUAACGCCAGGCAAGCAGGAGGACUUCGCUAGCGAGCCGUUGAAAGAAUAAUAAACACGAAAUGCUCUAA